AUGCCAACAACUAUAAAUAAACCGACAACAUCCGCUAAAGCCAUGGGGCAAAAGCGCGUUAAUAAAGGUCCGUCAAGGUAUAAGCUCUACCAGAGGUCUCUCGCUAUCCUUGGCAGGAUUCGUAAGAACGAGACCGAAGGUAAAGCUCAUCCCAAAGAUGUGGCUGACAAGGCAAGGUGUCAAAAGGUGGUGGACGAAUUCCUGGCAUUCCAAACCGCCCGAAAGACAGAAGCCAAAAAACGUAACCGUUCGCAAGACGAAAACAAGAGGGCAAGAAAGAAGCACAAGAUCUCAGAUCAGGGUGCGGUUUUCCCCAAAACUACCAAACCAUUCAGUGAGGUGGCACGGGACCAUCUUCAAAUAGCACUGGUGGACGAAACAUCCAACAGCGGCAAACCAGUGCUUGACAAAUGGUCGGAGAUUGAGGCACGGUUGUCUCGCAUAAUCGUCGACCAUAUCAUGGCGAGCCCGGAGGGUCAAUCGCCAGGUUUCGACUCGGUGGAAGUGGUUCGCGGUUGCCGAGUAAUCAAAUGUGAUGACCAGUAA